GAUGCGGCACCAUUCUCUGGGGCUGGGGCUGGGAGGAGGAUACAACAAUUCCGAUUAGGUUCUGCCGCUGCCAACGAUGCAAUGCCUCGUUUUACGGAUGAGCCAUGGGCAUAGGCACCUAUUGAGUGCUCCGAUCACUUCAACAAGACCCCACCACACUCCCUUUUAUAAAGAUUUACCUCUAGACCAAAAGGAUCGCUACCAGACGACCUAAAGUACCCGGUGGACAGCGCACUCUGGGCUGAAUGUUUACCGAAGUGCGGCUGGAGAGGAAGCUAUGGCCAUGGAUUGCUUCUUCAGCCUACGAUGAACUCCAAUAAGCUGGAUCCCCACGACCCAACCAGCGUGCCCCUGCCCUCCGCGGGGCCCCCUCUCUCCCCAUCCCCUUCCCCAGCCAUGGCAGGAUUCAAACGGGGCUAUGAUGGCAAGAUCGCUGGGCUCUAUGACCUCGACAAAACGCUUGGAAGGGGCCACUUUGCUGUGGUGAAACUGGCCCGCCAUGUCUUCACUGGGGAGAAGGUAGCGGUGAAGGUGAUUGACAAGACUAAAUUGGACACAGUAGCCACGGGGCAUCUCUUCCAGGAGGUCAGAUGUAUGAAGCUAGUCCAACACCCCAAUAUCGUCCGUCUUUAUGAAGUCAUAGAUACCCAGACUAAGCUUUACCUCAUCUUGGAGCUUGGAGAUGGAGGAGAUAUGUUCGACUACAUCAUGAAACACGAAGAAGGUCUCACGGAAGAACUGGCGAAAAAAUACUUUGCCCAAAUAGUUCAUGCGAUAUCCUACUGUCACCGGCUACAUGUGGUGCACAGAGACCUCAAACCAGAAAAUGUGGUCUUCUUUGAAAAGCAAGGAUUGGUAAAGCUCACCGACUUUGGAUUUAGUAACAAGUUUCAGCCUGGAAAAAAGUUGACAACUAGCUGUGGAUCAUUGGCUUAUUCAGCACCGGAGAUAUUGCUUGGAGAUGAGUAUGAUGCACCAGCAGUAGAUAUCUGGAGUCUGGGGGUGAUUCUGUUCAUGCUGGUCUGUGGACAACCUCCUUUUCAGGAAGCCAACGACAGUGAGACUUUGACCAUGAUCAUGGACUGUAAAUACACAGUACCAGCCCGGGUCUCCAACACCUGCAAAGAUCUGAUAGACCGGAUGCUACAGCGGGACCCAAAGCGCAGAGCCUCGUUGGAGGAGAUAGAGACCCACCCGUGGCUACAGGGAGUGGACCCUUCUCCUGCCACCAAGUUCAACACACCCCUGGUGUCUCACAAGAACCUGUCUGAGGAGGAGCACAACAGCAUCAUCCAGCGCAUGGUUCUGGGGGACAUCGCAGACAGGGAGACCAUCAUAGAAGCUCUGGAGACAAACAAAUACAACCACAUCACAGCGACGUACUACCUUCUGGCUGAGCGCAUCCUGAGGGAGAAGCAGGAAAAAGAGGUCCAGACCAGAUCCUCCAGUCCCAGCAACCUCAAGGCACACUUCAGACAGUCAUGGCCGACCCGAGUGGAUAUGCACCAAGACAUUGAGGACAGUUUGGCUGCAUCAUCAAUCUCUCAUGGAGGAGGCCCUCAGUCUCCGGCACGCAGUGCUGAAAAUCUUCUCAAUGGACAUCGCUCCAAAGGCCUGAUGGAGCUGGGACGAAGAGAGGACACCACAGACUCCUCAACAUCAAUGGUGCAGGGAGCCAGUUCUUUGUCCUCAGGUCCUCCUGCCCCAGGCCCUGGGUCACUAAGAGGUCCUGUUCCAUCAACUUCAUCUACAGCUAAACAGAGAACCUGCCUCUUCAGGGUGGAGGAGGAUGAGGAAGAGGAAGAUGAUCCUGCCCCACUGCCUUCUCAAGUGGUCCUGCGGAGGAAGCCCCCCUCUAUCACAAACCGACUUACCUCCAGAAAAAGCGCUCCUGUGCUGAACCAGAUUUUUGAGGAGGAGGGAGAAUCUGAUGAUGACUUCGACAUGGACGAGGGACUCCCUCCCAAACUCAGCCGCCUCCGGAUGAACAUGGCCCCAGGCUCAGGCCCUGCAGUAGGACAAGGGUCCCCGGGGGCCCCUCAAAAACGCUACCAUAGGCGGAAGAGUCAGGGCCGUGGCUCCUCGUGCUCCAGCUCCGAGACCAGUGACGAUGACUCUGAGAGCCACCGGCGCAGGCUGGACAAGGACUCUGGUUUGGGUUGGAAUAGAAGAGACAGCAGUGAGGGCCCCCCAGGCAGCCAAGGGGGCUCAGGGGGCAGCGGGUCUGGCCCUCCCCCUGGAGAGGGAGGGGGCAGCUCGGGCCCAGAUCGGGGUAGUCCUCCUGGAGGUGGAGGCACUGACAGUGGGACAGGAGGAGGAGGACCUGUAGGGGGCAGUAAAGGACAGCAUAGCCCCUCGUCCUGCUGCAACAACAGUAGCUUUUCUAGCCCCACCCCCAACGUGAUGUCACGGCCAUCUCGAGCCACCGUGAUGGAGAGCCUGAAGCUGAUGAGCCUUUGCCUCAGCUCACAGCUGCAGCGUGGGGGACGGAGCCAGAGAGGGGGUGUGGCCAGUGAGGGCCAAUACAUCAUAGAACCUCGGAGCAUAAAGGCCCAGGACAGAUCAGCCUGGAGAAUGUGCUUCGGCUCCACAGGGAGUCUGGACACCAUCACUCUCCCUACUACUGCAGCGUCCUGCCACCACAGCGCCCCCCGCAGGCCACACACCCACAGUGCCCCCACCCUCAAAAAUGGGGUACUACAACUACCUCUGUGUGAAAAGACCAUCUCUGUCAACAUCCAGCAUGGGCCGAGAGAUGGACUGCUCUGUACCUCAGGCCCCGCCUCCUGCUGUCAGGUCAUAUGACCCCACUCCCAGGCAGGUCAUGUGACCCUCAGCAGGUCAUGUGACCGCCUAACAAAUUGUGUCCUGCUUCAUGAGUCAGUUUUAAACUGUUUUAAAUCUUUAUUUUUAUAUUAGAUUUUAACAGUUUUAGUUACCCACAUGUUUCAAUGAUGGAGUAAUAGUUCACUGUGGAUUAGGAUGAGUCUUGUUCCAUUUUAAGGAAUAUGUUUUUAAUGAGAGUAGUCUUAACUUUAAGACAAAUUAAUGUCUUUAGUGGGAGAUCUGAGGUCUUCUAAUUAAAGAGUAAAAACUGAUUUUGUGCAAAGACUAUUUUAUUACCAAAGGAAAUAUAUGUGGGCUGCUGGGCACAAUAAUGUAACAAACUUCAAAGGUUGUUUUAUGUUGAUAAUUAAAUUAUAAUUGGAGAAUAUUAACUAAUUAAAUAACAACAUACCAAAUUGGUGUUGAAUUGUGACCUGUUAAUUCACAGCAAAUUAAUUAAAUUGUGCAUUUGUAUAUUAUUUGUAACAUGUUACUUAUUAAAUGUCUGUUAAUUAAUCCUGAAGUGUGUCCUAAUACUCCAUCACUUUCCCACAGUAGGGUCUUGUUUCGUGAACCUCUGACCCCUGCCUGUAUUUGUCUGCAGCAGGACAUCCCAGGCUGUGACCACUAUGAGCAGAGGAUUUGAGUUAACCUCACUUUGUAAAUGCCUGUCUUCACAUUGCACUCAGACAAUCUGUUUUUAUUUUCCUUGUUUUUAAGCUUUUUAUUCUGACAAAAUCUGCUCUCAUGGUCACACUACCCCUUUAAAAAUGUUGCUUUAGAAACAAGCUGCUCUUCUCUGUAAAGUUGUACUGUAGCAACAACACUAAAAGUUACUGCUAAGUGUACCCUUUGAGUUUUUAACUUCUAUUGGCUUCUGCGAUCUCAUGUAACUAUUGUUUUACAUGUCGUGUGUCAAUAUGUGUUCAGUUUGUAUAUAUGGUAUAAGAAAUUAUUUUAUUUUUUAAACUUGUACAUUUUUUGUGUUUUUGAUGCUGAACCAAGAGGGGCCUGAGUGAAUCUCUCCGGCUGGAGUCAGGGCAGAUCUGAGCAGCUUUAUGAGCCGAGAGAAAGAACAAAUCAGAGGAAAUCUUUACUGUGUGAGUCUGGGUUUGGCACAGGGGGCUGUAUGGGAUGAUUAAUUUUGCUUGGAAAUGUUGAAAUUUCCAUGUUGGGGAAGCGAUUAUUCGGAGAAAUGUAAUGAGACAAAUUACUAGCGUCCAGCAUGUCAAAUUAUGUAGAAAUACAGGGCACUUUGGUUUAUUUGCUAUUUGGCAAAUGGUUGAUCCCACCAUUUGAAAUAGUUGAAUGUAAAAACCAUUGACCAUUGUUGUCAAGUUAAAAACAUUUUGAAACUUGAGGAACUUGAAUAUGUUGGCUGCCAUGUAGUUUAUUAUAGUUACGAAAGGACAAAAUAUUAGUUUUCUUGGUGUUGAAGAUAACACAAAUGUAAGCGGGUAAACACAUGUCUAUAAGCAGAUUCCCAGUGAGCUAGUUGCUUUCAGAUUGAUUCCCAGUAUUGAGGUGUACUUUUUCCCAUCUCAGAAAAUGUUCGAAAAUGCCUUAAAUUUUGAUAUCUUAUGGCAGGUGUAAAUACAGCUACAGUCUAUUCAUUUCGUUAGCCAUUGUAUUUAUGUCCUAUGUAAAUCAGUGCAUACGGCCCGACUUCAUCAAACCCAGACUUUCACUCUAAGGGCAUUGGCAAUAAGCUAAGUGUAUUGCAGCUACGUGUACAGUUUGUUUGAUUGUUCUUCAUCCAAAUUGGACAAAUCUGAAAAAGAGAAAAGCUAUGUCUGUGUCAAGCAAUUUUUUCCCCCAUUUUUGAUCUGUUUGAGUAAUGUUUUUAAAUACCAAAUGUAAAUAUAGAUGUAAAUAUGGUGCUCAUUUUUUCCUUCUGUAGACCAGACAAGUGAAUCUUUGAGGUGCAUAGCUGUACAGUCCCUUAGCCUUAUUAUAACCAUGAUUAGUAAUGUAUGGGUGAAAAUAAAGUGAGAAAAAUUGAUAUUAUGUUUGACUGGUGUCCUACUGUAUAAAGGUGAAUGAUGUGCAUGUGUUGUACAAUGUUGGAGAGACAGUUGAAAAAAAUUACAUUACCGGACCAAAAAAAAAAAAGAAAUUGCAGAAAGAAAAACAUUGAAAUCAUCAUUGUAUUAUUCUGUAGUUGAUACUGUUGUUACAUAUAGCUAUGGUAAUAUCAGAAAUAAAAUGGUGGCUGUCUCAUGAA